AUGGUGCAAUACCUUAAUGACUUUAAAUUUGGAGAAGGUGUGUCGGGUGGUGUUGAAGUUGUACUUCAUAGUGUUAAUAGGGUGUUAAGUGCACGACAUGAUGACGGAUAUCUUGCAAUGCUUACUGUUGAUUUCUCAAAUGCCUUCAAUUUAGUGGAUAAAUCUACCUUACUUCACGAGGUCAGGAUGAGGUGCCCUUCCAUUUCCUUAUGGGUCGAAUUCUUAUAUGGCCAUGCAACAAGGUUGUAUUUGGGAGAUAAGCAUAUUUGGUCCACUACUGGGGUCCAGCAAGGUGACCCUUUGGGACCACUUCUUUUUGCUCUUGUACUGCACCCAUUUAUACAUCAAAUUAGAGACAAUUGUAAGCUUAUUCUUCAUGCUUGGUACCUUGAUGAUGGGACAGUCAUUGGAGAUUCAGAGGAGGUGGCUAGAGUAUUGGACAUCAUUAGGGUGGCAGGCCUAGGAUUGGGGCUUGAGCUGAAUAUAACGAAAACUGAGCUAUUUUGGCCUUCAUGCGAUGAUAGGAAGCUUCGUUCAGGUUUGUUCCCUGCAGACAUUGGCCGACCGUCAGUGGGGGUGAAUCUUCUUGGGGGAACUGUUAGUAGAGACGUGAGUUUUAUUAGCGGGUUAGCCAUGAAGAGGGCUGCCAAGGCUGUUGAUUUGAUGCGCCUUCUACCACAGUUACAUGACCCCCAAAGUGAGCUUCUUUUGCUUCGAUCUUGCAUGGGCAUCGCCAAACUUUUCUUUGGUCUGAGAACAUGCCAACCCGCUCACAUGGAAGAGGCUGCUCUGUGUUUUGAUAAAGGGUUACGUGAGUCGAUUAAAGAUAUUGUGGUUUGUGGGGGUCCGUUCUUUGGGGACCUUCAAUGGCGACUGGCUUCGUUACCAAUUAAAUUCGGUGGUUUGGGAUUUUACUCAAUAGUAGAGGCUUCCUCAUAUGCUUUUGUUACCUCACAGGCUCAAUCAUGGGUGUUACAAGACCACAUCUUACGAAAUAGCGGCAUAUGCGGUAUGGAUUUAGAUUAUGUUUAUGCUUUGGCUUGUCUUCAUGAUACGAUUCCGGGCUUUGACUUUAGCGGUUUCACUAAUAAGGACACCGCCCCUCCAAAAGCCCAACAUUCAUUGGCGAGUGCCCUUUUUAGUAAAAUUGUCAAAGACAUGGAAGUUCACUUCGACAUGACGAUUAGGCAAAAAGCUAUUUUUGAGUGUCUAAGGGCCCCACAUGCUCAGGAUAUUCUUAUGACUAUUCCUAUUGACGGUCUUUGCCAACAUAUGUCGCCAGUGGAGUAUCGUGCCAUCCUCAAGUAUCGCCUUAUGAUCCCUUUAUUUCCAGCUGACGAGACUUGCCCUGUUUGUCGUAAAGUGUGUUUGGACUCGUUUGGGGAGCAUGCAAUUCAUUGUAAAGAGCUCCCAGGUUUCAAGUACCGACACGAUCUGGUUAAGGAUAUUUUGUUUGACAUAUUUAGACGCGCUGGGGUUUCUGCCAAGAAAGAGGCACCUGUGAACUUUCUGACUGACCCAUUGGAAGGAAGAUCAACACUUAGACCAGCUGAUUUGCACUUUGGGCUAUAUAUUCUUUAUGAAUAA